GCAAGUUGAGUGACUCAACGCAGCUUUAGUUUCGAUUUUAAGAAAAGGAAAGCUUGAAACGCCUCUGUUUUAUACUGGAGCUGCGCGACCUGGAUUUUGUGGUUGAUUAUACCUGGAUUUUGUGGUUGAUUAUACUUGUUGGGAUUGCGCGACAUGUGGCUGAUUAUAAUUGUGAUUGAUUGAAGCCCAGCAGCCCACUGCAUUAGAGGAGUUAUAUUUCUAACACGAUCAUCAGUUACAAACAUUCCUUGGUGACAUCAUGAGUGUUGUGAGGUCCAGUCUGUCAGCAGAGCAGGAGAAGAAACUGCUGUCUCUGUUUGGCCAUGUCAGACUCCACCUGCUCUACAAAGCCAGUGUCCACGGUUACUCAAAUUCAUCCUUCCACUACCACUGCAACCAACAGGGACCCACUGUUCUUGUGGCCUACAACAAGACUGGAUUUGUUUUCGGAGGUUACAUCAGUAAGGACUACGCCCAGACUAACCAGGAGAUCAACGAUGAUAAGGCCUUUCUCUACAGCAUCUCUGACCAGAGAGAAAAGCCACUGCGUGUGUCCAGUACCAAUGGCCAGUACGGUUUCACAGAUGGAAACCAUGGUCUUAAUGUUGGUGUCUUGUGGUUUCUUUAUAAUAACACCGCUACAGUUCAAGUUGUUGCAGGGAACAGCUACACCUUUGAAGCAGAAGAGAUGCAUGGCAAUGACGUGCAGCUGACAGAGUGUGAGGUGUACAGAGUGGAAGACUGUGGAGGCUUUCUGGAGACUCCUUGGAGGAAAAUUGACUGGGAAGGAUAUGGCACCAAGGACCGCCUGAUGGACUAUAUCAAGAACUAUAAGCCUGAGGUAAAGUCUGUGGUCCAGGCCAGAGUUCUGCUGGUGGGUCCGGUCGGGGCUGGCAAGUCCAGCUUCUUCAACUCCAUCAACUCUGUCUUCAAAGGACAUGUUACCGGGCAGGCUAACACCGGCAGCGCAGGCAACAGCCUCACCACACAGUUCCGUACCUACAGCAUCAAGGCAGAGCAGGGUGGGAAGGCUCUCCCUCUGGUCCUAUGUGACACCAUGGGCCUGGAGGAAGGACCCAGCGCAGGGCUGGAUAUAGAUGACAUCACCAGUAUCCUGAAGGGCCACGUACAAGACCGGUACCAGUUCAACCCGUCCAUGUCUGUCCAGGCGGAUGGUGUUGGGUACUGUAAGUCGCCCAGCCUGAAGGACAUGAUCCACUGUGUGGUCUACGUACUGGACGCCUGCAAGGUCACUCUGCUCUCUGCCAAGAUGGUGGACAAGCUCGCCGCCAUCCGCAAGGGGAUCAACAAGCUGGGUGUUCCCCAGCUGGUCCUGCUUACUAAGGUGGAUGAGGCCUGUCCUCUAGUGAGAGAAGACCUGACCAACGUCUACCUCAGCCACUACAUAGAGAGGAUGACCCGCGAGGUGAGUGUUUGUCUGGGUGUGUCCCAGUCGUGUGUCCUGCCAGUGAAGAACUACAGUCGUGAGUUUGAGCUGGACAUCCACACAGACAUCCUCCUGCUUACUGCCGUGGUCCAGAUGCUUCGCUACACUGACGACUACUUUGAUGAUCAGGCUGGGGACCAGAAGUCUGAGUGACUAGGGGUGUAGGUGUGUUACUGAUCUGAAGUCAGUUUUGGGUUUGACCUUCUAAUGGUUAAGGUUAGGAUCAGGGCAAUACACUGAUCCUAGAUGUGUUUAAAUGGUAACUUUUAGUUAUUGCUUUAUAAACCUUUUUAUCUUAAUUCUCCGAGGCUAUUCCAUUCUGACUUUCCCAGUUACAAUUUUCACUGAGUAUAGAAAACAUUAGGAACACCUUCCUAAUAUUGAUGUCCUUUGGGUGGUGGACCUUUCUUGAUACACAUGGGAAACU